GCCAGUUUCGAAAGCCCGCCGCCGCCGUCUGCAGCUUCGUCCCUCUCGCUCGCCCACUCCCACUCCGAAGCCCGACGGGAACGGCUCAAGCAGCGGCAUCGACGACGACGGCGAAGCGAACGGGCCGAACUGAACCAUCGGCAGGAUCGCUUGAUCCAUGGACAUGUUUCGAGGGUCGCUUGAUGCUGCCGCCGCAGCCGCAGCUACCAUCGGCAGAUCUGACAAGGUCGCCGGUAUUCUUAACAAGAGGUUAGAUGAUGAUCUGGGCGAAAUAGUCCUGGAAAUCCAUAGCAGCGACGAAUCUACAGUGCAUCCAGCAAAUGUCGUUCUCAUACAAGCGCUGGCUAUUUCCCGUGCUAGUAACACCAUUUACCCUUACUCUGAUUUGGUUGAUUGGUGGGUGUCCAGGCUCGAGAAAGAUGCAGAAUUGGUACGCCAAGGUGAACAGGGUGGAAAAUACAUAUUCCUCCUGAAUAACACAUUUGAUGUUCUGCAAAUGGUGCGGCGUCAAAGAGCAUCUUCUGCAAGUGACCAACUCGCGAGUAGGCUCGGUUCAGUGAUCGAGGGGUACAAGAGGAGUUACUUGGACGAGUGUUGGGCUCCUCUGAACCGUUUAAACUUGGAGGAGUUUACUGCCCAAUUUCUUGCUACAUGUGAAUGUCAGAUGACAUGGAAGGUUACAGCUGAGCUCAGGUACCAACUGCGGCGGGAGAUCGUGGAUCUGAUUGUUCCAUCGUAUGAGGUGUCCUUAUCUGCACUGCGGGGCCUGAAUGGACCUAUGGUGGGCAACAAGAAACAGAAGAAGUAUACUGGUGAGCAACUGGAAGAGGAGAUCAGAGGAUUAUUUGAAGGGUGAACGGCUAAGCUGACGGGUGAGGAGAGGACACUGGACCUGUACACGGCCGUGGCAUUUAGCAUAUCUUAAAUAAAAAUGGCCUCCUGCCAUCAUGUUGCAGGUUGCACCUGUGCCCAUGUAAUUUUGUCUCGCGGAAAGGGUCUGUUUUGUUUUGUAAUUUGUAUUAGUUGCAUAUAUAUAGACGCCAACAGUGAGUAGUAGUACAUAGGAGACCAGAGUCGGCAAGCCAGCUUAAAUUUUGUGAGUCGCAGCAAGAGAUUGAAUAAUACCAGUUAUAGAAGGUAGAGUUGGUAUCAAGCCAUGACGUGUAGGCUAA